AUGGGCUCCAAACACCCCGAUGAGAAGCUCGGCGGCGACACCACAUCAGCCGAUCCCUCGAUUUCUACCGAGAAACAUCACGCCCACGAUGACACAAAGAUGGCUGAGACCUACGACAAGCAGGCGCCGUCGCACACAUCCGGGGACGACGAGGUUAUCUACCCAUCCGGCCUGAAAGUUGUCCUCAUUCUCAUCUCCCUCUGCCUCGCCGUCUUCCUCGUCGCUCUCGAUCAGACCAUCAUUGCCCCGGCCCUAGGCACAAUCACGGCAGAGUUUGGCAGCGUCAAGGACAUUGGCUGGUAUGGCGCCUCCUACCUUUUGACGACGACGGCCCUGCAACCAAUGUACGGCACCAUCUACAAGCUCUUCAGCAUCAAGUACGCCUACCUCACCGCGAUCGCCAUCUUUGAGAUUGGUUCCCUCGUGUGCGCUCUCGCGCCAAACUCCACCGCCUUCAUCGUCGGCCGCGCCAUCGCUGGUAUCGGUACCGCGGGUCUGUUCUCGGGCUCCAUCGUCAUCCUCAGCUACACGAUGCCUCUCGAGAAGCGACCUCUGGCAUUCGGUCUUAUUGGGGGAAUGUGGGGUGUUGCGUCGGUUGCUGGGCCUCUGUUGGGAGGUGUAUUCACGGAGAAGGCUACCUGGCGGUGGUGCUUCUACAUCAACCUUCCCAUCGGCGGCAUCGCCAUGGCUUUCAUCUUUUUCCUCCUCACAAUCAGCAGAAAGAACAACCCGACCGGAGAGUCCCUCGUGCAGCGCAUUCUGCAACUUGAUCUCAUCGGGACCGCCGUCUUCCUUCCCGCCAUUGUGUGCCUCAUUCUCGCUCUCCAGUGGGGUGGUGCCGAGUAUCCCUGGAACAGCUCCAAGAUCAUUGGGCUGUUUGUCGGGUUCGCGCUCAUGAUUAUCCUCUUCAUCGGCAUCCAGCUGUGGCAAGGCGACAAGGGAACGCUGCCUCCCAAACUGUUCAAGAAUCGCAAUGUCGUUUGCGCUAUGCUGUUUGCCUGCUUUUUUGGCGCCGCCUUCUUCCCGCUCCUCUACUACCUUUCCCUCUACUUCCAAGCAAUCCAGGGGGUCAGUGCCGUCCAGGCUGGCAUCAAAAUUCUGCCCCUCCUCCUGGCAACCGUUGUCGCGUCCAUCGUCACCGGCGCCCUGAUCUCCGUCGUCGGCUAUUACAGCGCCAUCAUCCUGCCAUCCCUGAUCCUGUUCUCUGUCGGCUCCGGCAUGAUUACGACCUUUGCCGUGGACACGCCCAUGCGCGAGUGGUUCGGCUACCAGGUCCUCGCAGGACUCGGCAUCGGCGCGGGUUUCCAGAUUGGCGUGCUCGUCGUCCAGACGGUCUUGCCCCAGGAAGAAGUCCCCGUUGCGACGGCCUGCGUGCAGUUCUUCCAGUCCUUUGGCGGUGCCAUCAUGAUUGCCGUUGCCCAGACCUUGUUCCAGGCGGGCCUCAUUGACGGAGUCAACAAGAAUGCCCCGGAGAUCAACCCGCAGAUCUUCAUUAAUGCCGGCGCUGACCAGGUCCGCUCCAUCUUGACGCAGAUGGGACGUGCCGACCUCAUCCCCGUUGUGCUUGAGUCCUACAUGGUUGGACUCAGACACACCUUUUAUGUCACAGUCGCCUGCGCGUGCGCUGCUUUUGUCGCAUGCCUGGGCCUGCAAUGGAAGAGCGUCAAGAAGGAGGGCAAGGGUGGUGCUGCGGCUGUUGCUGUGUAG